GUUGUUUAUUUAUCAUCCACUUGAGCAAGCUAUACAACAUAUAUACUGGCAACUAGGAGUCUAGGACUGUGUAUAUGAAACUCUAAGAACAAUGUAAAUUUCCAAUUUUUUUGAAAAGUUGACAAGGUUUUUUUAUUUUUUAUUUUUUACACUUCUAUUUUGUUAGCAAAUGGCCUAUGAUGCAAAGCAACUGCAUUGCCCAGAGGUAUGCUGGCUUGGAGUUUUUCCUUCAGAUUCUGAGAAAUACUGUCUUCCACAGCAAUGUUUCCUUCCUCUGACAGCAGAAGACAAGAAGAAAGCUGAAACUAUGCUAAAUAGAUGCUACCUGCAAAGAGAAGUCCCAGGAUGGAGGUUGGAACUAGAGUUGAUGCUGCAAAGAGGGGUGAAAUUUGAGAUUGAAGCAUUGUCUGUGCAUUCACUAUCCUUUUUGUCAAAAGAGUACAUAACAUCUAAGAUUCAAGGGGGAGUGCACAUUUAACUCGUCUGAAAAUUUUCAGUGUACCUGCUACCAUCUGGGAGAACAUUUAUAUUAUACCUGCAAGAUUUAAAAGUUAAAACAUAAUCUUUAAACAAUUUUUUAUAGUUGUAGUAAGAAGUCCAGUCAAAUAGAGCCCAAGAACUCUCUUUUGGAUCCAGGAAACGGCUCUUAGAGAUCUUUUUUCCUUUUGAAGGAUACAAGAGUGAAACACAGCCUAUUGAUAUUGGAAGAGGCAAAAGAGUCUUACAAUGUAUCAUUUUUGGGUCCAAUGAAAUUCUUAGGUAUAGGAAGAAGUCUUAUCAAAUAGAGAUUUUUUCACGCAACCA